AUGCGAGACGUCCUAACCGUUGGCAAGCUCAUCGCUGACAUUGCAGUUUCAGAGCCUUCCAACCUUGACUACGCUCGAUCCAUUUUCACUACCCUCGAUUACCCACCAAACACUUUCAUGUGGAAUUCCAUGAUAAGGGGGUAUGCACAUAGCUCCAAACCUGACGGGGCAGUACUCUUGUAUCGAGAGAUGCUUGACAAAGGGUUUUCUCCUAAUAAUUAUACAUACCCUUUUGUUUUCAAGGCGUGCACCCAACUGAUGGACCUCAAUCUUGGGUUGGCUAUUCAUGGGUCUGUUGUUAGACGUGGGUUUGAAGAUUGUGAUGCAUUCAUCCAAACCUCGCUUGUAAAUUUCUACGCCUCAUGUGGGUCUAUAGAUGUUGCACGCCUCUUGUUUGAUCGGUGUCCUGAAAGAGAUGUUACUUCUUGGAAUGCUCUUAUAAAGGGGUAUGUUAGGUGUAACCAAUAUAUGGGUGCAAUUAGUGUGUUUCGGAUGAUGCAAGAUAGGGCGGAUUGUCGGGCUGAUGAGAUUACUCUGCUUGGUGUAGUUUUGGCUUGCACACAGUUGGGAGCAUUGGCUAUGGGUAGAUGGGUUCAUGCCUACAUUGACAAGCAUCUAAUGAAAAUUAGUACAAACAUGGGUACAGCACUUAUUGAUAUGUAUGCAAGAAGAUGUGUGGAAGUAUUGAUGCGGCAAUGA